AUGCUGUGCUGCCUGCUGCUCCUCGCUCUGCUGCUGGGGGCUGCCCUCCCACAGCCUGUGCACCAGAGGAACAGCUACUCAGUUCCUGAGGAUUUCUCUGCUCCCCUGGAGCUUCCCCAGAAGCACUUCGGCCUGGUGGAUGAUUACGGCAUCAAGCCCAAGCAGCCUGGCUUCAGGACGCGGGCGGCCCCGGUGCGGCCGGCAGAGCUGCGCAGAGCCCGCAAAAGCAAGCGCGAUGGGCUGGACCUGCUGGAGUUCUACGAGGAUGGGCGCCUGUGA